GCCGGGCGAGGUGGGAAGAGCUGCAUGCGCAGGCGCGCUCUCGUGCCGUUGGCUGGUUGGGGCGCCGUUUCCCCCCACUCUCCAACCCCCCCUUCCCGCCCCAAUUUCUGAGGUUGGGGUGGGAAGUCGCUGCAGGCAUAUUGUGUUUUUCGGCUUGACCUGACCGAUUGGCACGUCUCGAGAUUCUGUUUCUGUGGGGGGCGGCGGCAGAAAAGGGGCGGCUGCCCUCGCGUCGCUCCCAAAAUGUCGCAGACAGCCAUGUCCGAAACCUACGAUUUCCUGUUUAAGUUUUUGGUCAUUGGGAAUGCUGGAACUGGCAAAUCCUGUUUGUUGCAUCAGUUUAUUGAAAAGAAGUUCAAAGAUGACUCAAAUCAUACAAUAGGAGUGGAGUUUGGGUCAAAGAUAAUAAAUGUUGGAGGUAAAUACGUAAAAUUGCAGAUAUGGGAUACAGCUGGACAAGAACGGUUCAGGUCUGUAACACGAAGUUAUUAUAGGGGCGCUGCAGGUGCCUUGCUUGUGUACGACAUCACCAGCCGAGAAACAUACAAUGCACUUACUAACUGGUUGACAGAUGCAAGAAUGUUAGCAAGUCAGAAUAUUGUAAUAAUACUGUGUGGGAACAAAAAGGAUCUUGAUGGAGAUCGAGAAGUUACUUUCUUAGAGGCAUCUAGAUUUGCCCAAGAAAAUGAGAUGAUGUUCUUGGAAACAAGUGCAUUGACAGGAGAGAACGUUGAAGAGGCCUUUGUACAGUGUGCAAGAAAAAUACUUAAUAAAAUUGAGUCAGGUGAACUAGAUCCAGAAAGAAUGGGCUCAGGUAUUCAGUAUGGAGAUGCUGCAUUGAGACAAUUGAGAUCUCCAAGAAGAGCACAAGCACAAAGUGUUCAAGAAUGUGGCUGUUAGACUGACUAAACUACAAAGACAAAAACUUUUGUUGCAAGUGAUGAUUGGAGAAACUGCCGUGGCUUCAAAGAGCUGCAAUUUUAGAACUUAUUUUUGAUUCAGUUAAAGAGACCACUUAUAGUAUUUUAAAAAAAAUACUGUGGAAUGGCAUACAGAAGGGCACACAUGGCACAGCAAGACUGCAAAAAAAGAAAAUCCGAUUCAGCAGCCAACAUUAAGACUCAGAUACUUGUAUGUAAAUGUUUUAUGUUGCAUAUUUUUGUUUGCUUCUAGUUAAACAUUGCUGUAUCCUGUAUAUAUAAAAGUCAACAUUAAAUUUCCAAAGCAUGAUAUACUGACAUAAUAAUAUUGCACUAACAGCUUUUUUUUUAACUCAUAAGACCUAAAAUGUAUUUUGUGUACUAGACUUUAUCAUGUUUCUUGUACAAAAACUACUAUUUAUGAGUUGUUGAAGGCUACUGGCAUUGACUGUCAGUGUUUUACUUGCCACAUUCUGCAAGGUGUUUACAUGAUUUAUUUUCGGGGGGGGGGGCAAUGUUUACUAAUCUGCCAUAUUGAAAAGAAACUCUUUUUUUUAAACUGAAGUAUAGUUGUCCUGUUUCCUGACAGUUAUUAAAUGUAUUUCAAUCACUUUGUCAAGUGUAGGCUAUACAGUUGUGAACUCUGAGAGCUUACCACUGUCUAAUCUGGCCUUUUGGGAGAUUCUUAUUUGUGUCAUAUUUUUUACAUCCUAGAACAUAAGGAAAAUUGUAUGUUUUGGACGUUAUUCUAGUGCAGUGAUUGAGGUUGUGAAUUGCCAUUCUAAUUUUUUUUUUAAAUUAAAGCUACUACUGUAAGUAACACUGUUCAGGUAAUGCUCUGUAACAAACAAUGUAUGUUGCAACUGGAAGAGGGCCUAAAAAGAGAAUAUUUGCAACAUUCAGUUAGCGUCUAUAAUCUAGAAAUGUAACUGGUAGCAAUUAAACUUUACAACAUUACAGAUGGACUUCAGCAGCUGUGCACAAAAUUUACUUUUUAUACAGAUCUUCAUGAUAUGAUUACCUGAUAUGAAAGGAAAAUAUCUGCCUUUGUGAUAUCUAAUGAUAAGGGAAUUGUUAUAUUUUGUCACUGGGAAAUCAGACACAGCUUCACUUGGAAGCCUUGACAUAUCCUUGAGUUGUAGAUGUUUGUGUUUUGUGUGUGAAGAGUAGUUGGCCUGUUGGAAAUCUGCCAUUUAAAAUACUGGAAGAAUAUCUGUGUUUGUUUGACCCAAAGCUAAUCCUGAAACAAAGAAGCAAUGUGAGGUAUUUUCAAGAGAUCUGAAGUGUCAGCAUGGCUUGAUUAUGAAAGGGAAGCUGUAGAUUUUGUAUCUAAAUUGUUGAUGAUUUUUGACUGAGUUAUGGAUGAAAGAAUACAAAGUUUGGCAUUAAUGUACAAAGAACUCUGUUUAAGUCUGGGCAAGUCUUCAAGCAUAGAAGAGGAGGCUGAAAGGUAGCUGCAUGGGGAUGUGAAUCAGGUUGGAGCAGCUUCAGAAAAUAGUGGUUAACAUUUUCUUUGUGAGUCAUUUUUCAAGUCAGAGUCACACAAAGCAAGCUGCUUUCCCAUUCAGAAGAGAGAAGCACUUGGUUCGCAAAUUGUGAUGGAAGUAAAAUAGUAUGCAGUGAAAGGGUGAAGCCUUCCUUCUGGAACUGUUCUGUUAAAAACCCCACCCCACAUUUAGAUUCUGAUGAACUUUUAGUUUGUUUCCUUUUUAUGCCAGUUUAAAAUUAUGGCAUUUGGACAAGCUUUGCCACUUGAAAGGGAUUCCCCCACAGUGAAGGGUUAAGUAGAUUAUACAGAUUAUAGAUGGGGUUACUAAUUGAUAUACAAACUAAACUCUGGAGUGCUUUUUGAGGUAGACAUUCAUGUAAACAGCCUGAUUCAAAUAAAAUUCAGUGCUUAACAAUAGAGUGUAUAGAUUUAAAGGAAAUUCGUUAACCAACUACAUUUCAUUGUGUUUGAAAAAUUUAAUUUGAAGUUUUGUAGAUCUCAAUUUAAAAUUAAGUGAUGAAAACCAAGUGGCUAGCAUGUGGUAUUUGUGUAUAUUUGGUUCAUAGCAUGGAUAUAACGGGUACGUGGCAUGGACAUCUUAGGUGAUGGUUCAGAGGUACUUUCAAGGAAUAUUCUUUUGUGUAUAUGUGUUUCAAAAUGGUAUACAUUUGAAUGCUUCAUAAACUAGUGUAAAAAACAAUUCCAAAGAAACUUAGGUGUCUACCUAAAUGCUAACUUUUUCUGCUAUGUAUCACUUGAAGCUCCCUUUCUCCUUCUCCCUUUUUAACUAUUGUACUGCCAAAUUCUCCUCUUGAAUUGGGUGGACUAAUGGAAAAGGGAUGAGUCAUACUACAUUUAAAAGAUGAAAUGAUUAGAUGUUCACUCUAGUCUUACUACCCUUUGUCCCAGAAUGGCUAACUUUCUCAUCUUUUUCUGCAGUAAUGCUGUAAAGGAUGCUGAUGUUGAACAAAUUCCACAGCUGUCUUUAGCACUAGGAAUUGAAACUGCAGUACAAGAGGAUGUCUCCUCUGUAAUGAGGUAGAGGGUAGAGGCAGUGUGGAAGAUGCAACAUUGAUGGCCUGUGUUCACACUGCACCACAGAAACUAAAUCUCCUUACCUGUUGCUAAUUUCACUGCAGACUAAGGGUAGAAGCAGUUGGUUCUACUACAAAUAUGUCUGCCACUUAAUGUGGUUGAGAAGUUGUGGUGGCCUGUGAACAUGUAAAGGACACUGGGUGUUAACACCUUCCUGUACUCUCCAGUUCUCAGUUUGUUUUUCCCUACUCAUGUUUUUUUCCAUCUUGGAGCCCAGUUUUGGGGUGGAGAGAUAAGAAUUCUCCUAUCUACGAGUACCGUCUUGCAACUGCUGCUCUCCUUAACUUAAUGUUACAAAGGAGACAAUUGAUUGGAUACUUUGAGUUUUCCUUGAAGCAUGUAGUUCCACUUUCGGGGGUCCAUGAAGUGCAAGCACAUAGUUUACAUGUACUGUGGUGAUGAUUUCACUGCAACUUAAGUAUGGUGGACUGCUCCCUGCAUUAGCUUUGUUCAACAAGUAAAGACUACAGGAGCUUAAGGAACAUUAUUACAGUUGAGCCUUAAGACAGUAUAUACUUGCUCUUGACAUUUUAGUGCAUCUAAAAAUAAAAGCGCAUUUACACAGUAUUAGUGUGCAUUAAAAAGGCUUAAAAUGCAUGAGUUCAGUGCUGUAAAAUUUUUACUAUAUGCUUUAUGUCAUCUGAGAUGUUAUUUAAAAGUAAACAAAAUAAAGUUUUAUUUAACUGUAUAAA